AUUGGUCUUGUAGCACCCAGUGUAGAGAAGCUAGGGCCUCCCCUCAUCUGAUCGGUCCCCUUCUCUCCCAUCGAGCCUCGUCCCGCCUUCCCCUCUGUUCACGCAGCGCACCAGCAUCGCUCCUCCUUCAGGUGGUACGAGCAAUUCCAUCACCAUCUUUUGAAUGGCCAACCCCCUUCCAGACGAUUUAGAUGCUCUCCUUGACAGUGCACUGGAUGAUUUUGCAAAUGUUGAUUUGGGUGGUAGCCAAAGGGAUGGAUCAGGAGGCCAACUUCCUGGUAACGGUGAUGAAAAAAAGGAAAAUGAUUCAGUUAAAGGAUUGGGUGGUCUUGGGUUACCCGAAUUACAGAAGAAAAAGAAAAUGAAGAACAAGGUUUCUGCCUCCGGGAGGGACAGCCAUGUAGCUGAAGCGUUGGAGCAGCUUACUCAGCAGACUAGAGAGGCUGUCAAAGGUUUAGAAUUUGCUGCCGGUACUGGUCCUAUUCCGGAUGAUGUCCCUGAUGAACAGAUGAUGGAGAAUCUCGUCAAGCAGUUUGAAGAGCUAGCUGGGUCUCAGGACAUGGAGACAAUAGUUGAGACCAUGAUGCAUCAGCUUUUGUCGAAGGAAAUUCUACAUGAACCUAUGAAAGAAAUUGGAGAAAGAUAUCCAAAGUGGUUGGAAGAGCAUAAAUCUGGGUUGAGUACCGAAGAGUAUCAACGUUAUAGUGACCAGUAUGAGCUUAUAAAGAAGUUAAUUGAGGUUUAUGAAAAUGAACCUAAUAACUUCAACAAGAUUGUUGAACUUAUGCAGAAGAUGCAAGAAUGUGGCCAACCUCCAAACGAUAUUGUGCAAGAGCUUGCUCCUGACCUUGACCUAGCAAGUCUAGGAGGUCAACUGUCACCGGAGAUGCUGCAAUCCACACCAAAUUGUUGUAUAAUGUGAGAUACUUACGCUGUUGAUCAUCCUAUCCUGGCAUUGCCAAAUUUAGCCGUGGGCUCUUGGCAGGUAUGAUGAACAUGCAAAGAAGGCCAUUUAAUUAUUGCAAGCUGCAACAAUCUCGAGUGGCCAAUUUUUGCUUGUUUGGUACUGUAGAGAAGUGUCUCUCCAUUUACCUAUGCUACAUGAGCGAAGAAAUAUCGCUUUAAGAGCUUGUCAGUACAAGGAUAUCUACUGUUGCAACACACUUGUUGGUCGUCGUUGCAGAAGCUCAAUCGCUAAUUCUUUGGAGAUUUCACUCUGUUGUAGCUGGAUAUAAUGAUCUUUUCUACUUCUAGAAAAGCGCAUGUUCCAUACAUGAUCUUUGUGAGUUUUAGCUAUUUUUCUAUCUUUUGCUGCUUUGGGUUGGGGAAGUCAUGUGUAGUAAAAGAAUAUAGAACAUUUGAAUGUCUGAACAAACUCAGAUGGUUGUAUAUGCUCCCAUAAUUUGUGAAGUUAUAAUGAUAAUGGUCUCAUUUUGUUUCA